ACGGCUCGCGAUAGCUCGGCCGGCCCAAUUUGUAAUUAAUCAAAAUUGACUCGUAAAUUAAGUAUAUCUACUUACACUUAGUUUUUUAAUACUUUCAAGCUUACAAUUAAUACAGUCAAUUUGCAAAUUAUCCGUGAAAUUAGUAUAAUUAAAGGUGCUUAGUACAUACGUAAUUUGGUGUUGAAAAAUUUCACGUUUAAUUUAGUUUUAGUUUAGUGAUCAACGUGAUAUCCUUGUGUUGUGAAGUUUUGUGACGUCACAUUAAUUGGAGGUGUGAAAGUGACUCAGGUGUUCAUGUAAAUUACAGACUGUAAAUAAUUAUAGUUAUCGAGUUAUUCGUUUUCCAUCUCACAGGUAUGGCCAGCUAAGGAAAUUAGCGGAAUCUUACGCCAGCAAAGAAACUCCAGGAUUACGUUGCCGCCUCUUAGUCGGAGAUAAUUUGCGAAAGAUUUUGGACCGGAGUCAUAUAUCAUUGUAAAGAAGCUCUCUUAAAAAGUUGAGCCCGCACCAACCCGGCUUGCUCGCUGACCGCCGAGCCGCUAAUCUCGCUUUUUUCGCGCCCCACCGUCGCUCGCCCAGACCCGCACCGGCCGCCGCAAUGCUCGCGCACCAAGCACCGCUCGCCCACUAAACUCAACCGUCAACGAUAAGAAAGCGUGUGAUAAUAAUAAUAAUUUAAUACUUGCCUAAAUAAGCUUGCAACGUCGGUGUCUUUAUUUAACUUAAUAGUAAGAUUAAUCAGUUAGAGUUAAAUCCGCGUGUGGCCCCGGUCCGCGUGUCGUGCAGCUCGCGAGUUAGUUGAGCAGUGUGUGGUAGUGAGGGUGCGCGCGGGCAGAUCGCAGCAUACUCGCAGCCGACGGACGACGUGAGCGCGGCCGCGCUCGGCCCUCGCCGCCUAUGCGCCGCACUCGCACAGCGUAACGCGUGCGACUCCCGCCCGACCACAGUGCCAACGAUGGCCACCAUGGUGAACAUGAAUAGCCUCCUGAACGGCAAAGACUCUCGCUGGCUGCAACUCGAAGUGUGCCGCGAAUUCCAACGGAAUAAGUGCUCGCGACCGGACACCGAGUGCAAGUUCGCGCAUCCCCCGGCCACCGUCGAAGUGCAGAAUGGAAGGGUCACCGCCUGCUACGACAGUAUUAAGGGUCGGUGUAACCGCGAGAAGCCGCCCUGCAAGUACUUCCACCCGCCGCAGCACCUCAAGGACCAGCUGCUCAUCAACGGAAGGAAUCACCUAGCACUGAAGAACGCUUUAAUGCAGCAGAUGGGCCUAACGCCAGGGCAGGUGCUGCCCGGGCAAGUCCCCGCCGUGGUGGGCGGCAUGAGCGGCGCCGGCGCAGGCGGGCACCUGACCGCGCUCGACCCGAUCACUCUAGCACUGCUCACCCCGCAGGCGACGUCCCCGUACUUGUCGGGCGUCCCAGGCGUGGGGUCGACGUACGCGCAGUACUACGCGCCGCAGCUGGUGCCGGCCAUGCUUGGCCACGACCCGGCUGCCGCCGCCGCCUCGCCGCUGGGCGUCAUGCAGCAGCCAGUGCUGCAGCAGAAGAUGCCUCGAACCGACCGCCUCGAGGUGUGCCGGGAGUUCCAGCGCGGCGCGUGCAAGCGCGCGGAGGCGGAGUGCCGCUUCGCGCACCCGCCGCCGCCGCUGGCGCCGCACGAGGACGGCUGUGUCACGGUGUGCAUGGACGCCGUCAAGGGCCGCUGCGUCCGCGACCCCUGCCGCUAUUUCCACCCUCCCCUGCACCUGCAGGCGCACCUUAAGGCGCAGGCGCGCGGCGCGAUGGACAUGAAGAGCGUCGGCUCCUUCUAUUAUGAUAACUUCGCCUUCCCCGGUGUGGUGCCGUACAAACGACCCGCCGCCGACAAAGCCGGCGUCCCCGUGUACCAGCCGGCGACAACCUACCAACAGCUGAUGCAGCUGCAGCAGCCGUUCGUGCCCGUGUCAUGUGAGUACCCCGCGCCCGCCACGUCGGCGCCGCCUCCGUCGGCGGCGCCCGCGCCCCCCGCCGCGGCCGCGCCCGCCGCGCCGCCGCAGCCCGCGCCGCCCGCCGCCGCGCCGCCGCCGCCCGCGCAGCCCGCCACGCCGCCCGCGCCGCCGCAGCCCGCGCUGCCCGACGCCGCGCACGCUGCGCACGCCGCCGCCGCCGCCGCGCACGCCGCCGCAGCCGCUGCCAACUCGCAAGACCCGGCGCAGGUCGCCAAAGAAGUGGCCCAGAAAAGCUAUGCGGCGGCGAUCGCGCUCGCCGCCCAGCACUCGGCGAUGGCGCAAGCGGCGGCCGCUUACACGCAGCAGGCGUACAAAGCGCGCGCCGCGAUGCCCGGUCUGAUGCGCGCCCCGUUCAUGAUGCGGCCCGGCUGGCCUGCGCCGCCGAUGCCGAUGCCGGCGUACUACCAACAGCCGUACAUGUACGCAAUGCCCCCGCCGACGCCGCCCGCGGCCGCGGCGGCUGCGGCGGCGGCGGCGGCGGCCGUCAACCCCUACAAAAAGAUGAAGACCACAUAGAGGGCGUGCGGGGCGACCGCGGCGAGAGGGGCGCGGGGCGCGGGGUCUGCGCGUAGAGACUCAUACGUGUGCGACUGAGUGCGCCCCGGUCUGUCGGGGCGGUUAGCGCUAGGCGUGUUGUCACAUUUGUAUUGUAUUAUUGUAAGGACGACGCGAGAGGAUUCGCCCUCGCCGAUGUCUCGGUAGAUUUACGCUAUUCUAUUCUAUUGUGUAUUCUACUCACCUUACCGUUAUUAUCUUAUGCGUGUAUAUUUCUCGUAUCUACGAUCCCGGUAAUAAUAACGCUUGGAUGCAUGACUGUACGUUUUUUAUUACCUCUUGUCGAUCGUCGUUUAUCGUGAGUACGUCGUACUGAGAGUUGAGCGCUUGGUCCGUCGAUCCCGCUACGUACACGCUUGUUCCCGGAGGAGCUCCGCACGGGUGCGCUUUGGCCGAUGUGUCGAUCCCGUACCGUACUAGUGGUUACCGGCUUGCAGCCGCAGGCCCGCACCUAACACAGCCGCCUUCUAAUUUUCGCAUGGAAUAGAACCCACCACCUUAUACGUUUGGCUCAUCAGGUAUUAUUCUCAUUAUUCUAGUGGCUCCUCGUGUGUGCUCAGUGUGCCGGCGUGUUCAUCAGUAGUUGCGGGGCGACAAGCGUCGCCUCCGUUUUACUUUCGGUCGCACUUCUUUCUAUUUAUUUUGAACGCUUUCUGUUACAUGCCUUCCGAAUGACCGCUUCGGCUGUCGUCCGCAUUACAAUCUUUUGUCGCUUUUUGUGUCGGGCCGGACAGGCUGUGCGCCGCCCAACGCGCCCUAUGUGGUGUACACGGACGAACGCGGACAGGUAACGAGUGCCGUGCAGCACGCUUGCCGUGACCCCUGGCACCGACCCCGACCCGACCCGCGACCACGCUAGCGACGCCACACGUAGCCCCCCCUCCUUGCGCCUCGCUCUAACCAGUACGCUCUCACUGCAAUCACCCUCAACGCACACCGCCUCUACGCCUAAGCCGCGACUCUGACGCUAUUUACAUUUUUCGUUGGAAAGCUCAAUAGUGUUAGACAGAUUUUUCCCUAGUAAGUAAGGGAAGAAAUGAUCGAAAAAGGCCUAAUUCACACUCUUGCAAGUUGUGACAUUAAUCUUUCGAACGCCGGAACGCGGAUCUCGACCAGACACAAUGUAAAAUCUAUUGUGUCUGGGUCGGCAUAUGAGAGGUUAAUACUCAUCACCUCAUUUACCCUGGUGUCAGGGUUACUAUUUAACCGCCAUAGGUCCCUGACAUGUGGUUGAGCGGUGGGUUUACGAUCCGGAGAUCCUGGGUUCGAAUCCCGGGGGACAUAUUCACAAAAAUCACGUUAUGAUCCCUAGUUUGGUUAGGACAUUGAAGGCCGUUUACAAUGAAUUAAAAUACAUUAUUGAUUAAUUAAAUGAUAAACAAACAACACACAUUUUAAACAAACGAAUUCGUUGUACUGAUAUAUUGACAUAAAAGUACUUAACACUUCCGUCUAAAUUAAAUUGAGGAAUCUGCCUAACGUUACAUGGAACUUGCGUAGUAAGCAAUAAAUGACAAUCAUGGCUAACUUCACAUGUGUGUUAAACAGAGGACAUUAAAACUUGAGCUGCUUUGUCACUCUGCUUGUAGAGUCGAGUAUCGUUUUAAUUUUCCACGCUUCAGGCGGGCUUUAGUAGACUAAGCGCUUUAUUAAUAACGAGAUGUAAACAAACAAACCUCACGACCACACUAGCGAUAUCGGUCUAAUCACAACUACGGGGCAAGGUACGCUUGGUGAUCUGAGCCGCUUGUCAACUUGACUAUACGCACUGAAGGAAGACUAGGCUAAAAUUAAAAAUCAUCUCCUCCAUCAUUCUUCCUGACAAAGGUCACAAGCGGUGUUCUUGUGAACGCCGCAAACAAUGUAACCAUGUUGGAUAUGUCCAGUGGCAGCCUAGGCAAAAUAUUUAGGUGGUUCAAGGCCUCAAAAUAUACCUAAAAAUGUCGUUCACGGCCACCCAUUAAAUGUAUAAGUUUUAUGUGGCCGCUAAGAGGUCUAAUUCACAGGGCAGGUGUGCCCAAUCCAGUUACUCCCCUGUAGAUCCGGGGCUGCCAGCUAGGGUGGUCCUUGGUUGAUUCUGGCGCCCCCCCCAAAAAAGGCGCCCGGUGCGAUCGCACCGCUCGCACUGCCUUAGGGCUGCCACUGGAUAUGUCGUAGAUAACAAGUAAAUACACCGGCCCGCGGUCUGGCGGUGAAAGGACACUCGUUCCCUGAUGGCAUCGCUUGUCAGCCGACUCAUGUGUGUCAAUGUCAUCAUCCACCACCAUUUUAGUCAUUGUGCUGUAACUGUAUUCGAUUAUAUUGUAAUGAACAGUUGAUGCUACAACUUACUUGUUGAUGAUUUUUUUAGUUUUGUAUAGUGAGACAUACUUGCUUUCAAAUGUGGAAGAAGUCACUCUACAGUAUUGCCUUGCUUACACCCGGUAAGAUACAAUCAGCUUACUAUAAUAUCCUCAGUAUAAGUGAUUUCCUGUUUUAACGCCUCUACUGAAACACGCCGCUUACUCGCAUGAUUUCUACCUAAUACAUUAAACACUGUGUCUAAACACGCUUUAUUUCGAAAUCCAAUUACCUCGGCGGUUUCAGUAAGGGUGGAUUUUAAUUAAUAAAAACGUAACGAAGCGACAUCGCUGUUAAUAAGUUGACUUCGUGUAAAUAGUAUGAAUUUGUAAGAAUCAUAAUACUGAAGACUGUAGUACAAUGCUUGCACUUGUUUAGUAUUUCUAUCUUUGUAAAUCGCAACUAGUUCACAGUCAACUUGUUAGCAGAAAGUAUUUGACUAUCACCGCUUGCCAAUGUCAACUAUCAACCGCUAAUAAGGGGGUUUUCUAUUAUUUUUUUCAUUCAUUUCAAAUUAAUGCUUUUUAAGAACAAUUUAUUUUUUGUGCGUCUUGGUAGUUGAAAUGACAACGGUGAGAAAAGAAGGUUCGAAGUGACGGUUUCCUGGCCUUGUAUCAUAAAGCACCAUCUUAAUUGUUUCCCCUCAACUCAUUGACUUGUAUCCUUUUGUGAUCGAACCAAUUAUUCACUUCGACUUUUCUUUUAUAAUGCUUAAAGAGCUUCGCCGUCGCGGCUUCAAUUCCUCGCUUACGACUUGUUGAGGCCUCUCUGACGCUUAUUUUACAGUGUUCACCGUAGAUGUAAUAAUGUACUUGGUUUCUCUUUUGUUUGUCGUACAGUAACCGCACUCUAAUGGUCAUUAUGUUGCAGUUUGUACUACCACUAACAUGUCACGUCCAGAACUGUCAUGUAAGCUAAAGGUAUAAGUUUAAUUUGUCUUUUUACAUUAUAACCAUGCAUAUUGUAAGCAUGAUCGUCCUCUGUCCUCUACUGAGAACAUCGGAAGAUUGUCUAAAGUCAUCACAGCCCGACGCCGACACACGACGUAACUCCCACACAGCCUCUUUUAAGCUUUGUUAUAGCAAACGUUGGUAUUUAUGGGUACACUUUGGACGCUACCAAACCUCUAGAGCCCGCGCCCUGGUAAAUUUGUCUAGCAUCAUGCUUUAGCUUUUUUGUAAAAUAUAGUCACGCUUAAAUAAGAUUGGCUGCGCAAUAAUGAUUAUACUUCAAGCGUUCUGCAUGCCAUUUAGAUAUUUAUUCAUACCUACUAUGUGCAUAGUGCAGCGUAUCUUAACACACUCUCUGACGGUUACGGAUACUAGUUUACGAGAAUAACAAACAUUGUGGGCUCGUAAUAUAAUAAUUUUGUGUAAAAUUUUAGUUUCAACAGAGUUUUACAAUAUAAAGGUGACACACUAUCAGCGCGCACGUAAAUGAAAGAAUGCUUGGAAGGUUCAAUCAUAUUGUGCAACGAAUCUUGUCAAGUUCUUGUAAUAUUGAAGCAGCAACAAGAUUUGAUUUGAGCAACUUCGCCUUCCGUGUGUCCCGUCUUGUCCUAAUCUAUGUAGCGACUGAGAAACUACACACGCAUUAGUUAAUUAACUUUAAUACAUUGAUUACUUUAAGCGUGAGAACCACUGUUCCGGGUCAUUUUCAAUUUAGAGUGAACAUACAAUUUGCUCUUUGAUAUUACAAAAACUAAGUUAGCAAUAUUUUUCAGACGGCUGUGAAAUGAGGAUAAUGAUCAAUGUCAGAUGUAUGAAUGUCCAAUAAGCGAUGAUAUAGAACUAGCAUUAACACUAUUAACAUAAUACAUUCAUAAACCGUCGGAGUACUAUUUGAAUCAUAUUUGAUCACUCUAGUCGACUUUUAUUUCACAUUCAUACGCACAUUGUAGUAUAAGUAACUAAUGAAUCAUGUCAAAUUAUUUGUCGUGUCGUCCGACAGUUUAUGAAGUAGCAUAACAUUUAGUUACAAUGCAAACAUUCGUACAGUUGUUUCGUAGCCGUAAUGUAUUGAAUCUAUGACAUUUUAGUCGCCCAUGGCUCUAAAUUGAGAUAAGUACGUAUUGCACUAUACGUAACCAAAAAGCGAUAAAACGUACAAGUGCCCGUAAAAAACUGUUGUGAUUUUACGAGGGUGUAUUGAAAGAGUAUAAAACUGAACUUUGAUGGAAAAUUAACUUUCAUUUCCUUUGAAUAGUGCUCGUGAAAAUACGUAAAGUACCUGAAAAUAAAGUGGUGACUCUUUCUGAUGUAAACAAAUACAUUGGAGAUUCAACUGUGCGAAUGUGUAGACGAAAUUUAUGGACAAUAAUAGUAAUGUAAUUGUAUUAUGUUUUCAGUUACUGGACACCCUCCCGGUGUGCCAAGAUUUUAAUCGACAAGGAUGUACAAGACCUACCUGCAGAUUUGUUCAUAUUCGUGAAGGGUGCGGGCUGCAGGUGGUGGGGUGCCGCGUGGUGGUGUGCCGCGACGCGGCGGCGGGCGCGUGCCGGCGCGCCGCCUGCCGCUACUACCACAUCCCCGUGCAGCUGCCGCCCGCGCACCGCCCCCCCUAACCUCCCCCACCCCCAACUCCACUCCUGACCCCCUCACCCCCAACCCCCCGCCCCGCCCCGUCCCCGCACGCAGCUGAGCGUCGCCCGCGCCCGCGUUAUCCAUAUCUUACGCGCCUCCUUGGCCCUCGGGCCCGGCAGGUCGCUCCCGGAGGAGGUGGUGAUAUCGUAGUAAUAUCGGUUAGUGUAGAGCGGCGGGGGCGCGCCGAGCCCGCGCCACGCGACGCGGCCGCGGCGCCCUCCCGCCGGGAACGAGCGUAGUCUUCGGGAAGAGUGUGUACAUAAGUAGCGGGAUAUGAUUCUCAGGCACGGUCAUGCGAUUGUGAUAUGAAUAGAUUUCGAGACGCCGGAGCCGUUUGAGUAAUUUUAUCGAGAUCGUACCGAGAUCGUCGAAUAGUAGUUAGUGAGGUUUCAAAUGUUUUAUUACUAUUGUAUAUUUUUUUUAAGAUACGAUAUGAGUUCCUGUAAAGAUCGGUGCGUCCGCCGACGGGCGUCGCACACAACUUUGUUGUAUAUAAGCGAUGUAAGUCCGGGUGGUGCCUCGGCCUCGGCCCCGGCCGGUGUCAAAAGUUGCAUCACCCCCACUCCUAAUGUGAGCAUUUUGUGAGAAUUAUGUUACUUUUUUGUACGUUAUGAAAUUAUGUUUUACUAGAUGACAAGUUUUACACUAGAUUAGACUAAGUGAAUGAGUAAUGAAACACCAAUAGAGUAGCCGCUUCUCUCCUUCGGCACUGAAACUUUUGACGCCGGAGCGCGCUCGGCCGCGCCCGGCUCGACCGGCGCGCGCGCCUUCUCACUUAGCAUAGAUCACGACACUCGUAGAGUGAUAGAGGACAGACAUUCGAGAUACAAUGAACGUUAUCGGACAAUAUUAAAACGAAGGCAUACUUCCAAGCUAUUUACCUAAAUUCUAGGAUAGAACGUCGGCUUUUAUUCCAGAUAGAUUUUGCUAGAUAAUCAUUCUUUUAUUGAUCGAUUCUCGUAUAUCGAAGCACAAAUAGUAACCGACGAUCGAGUCCGAUUACCUCUCGGUGAGUGCAGCAAAUAAUAGCUACCUUUAUUGUUUUGGACACAAACAGUAUUAAUGUUUUGAUCAAAUUUAUCUGGUGGUAUGUAUGUAGAGGUGGUAUGCGGAUGAGAGGCAGCGCCUGGGCGCCGGCACGGCCGACCGCGGCCGCGGCGGCGCCCAGGCCACAUCGAGGGCAUGGAAGCCUAAUGCCUAAUAUUAUUCCUAGUCCAUAUCCUUUUUUGUUGAUCAGUCAUGCGAUUAAUGUUAGAGUAAAAUAUUAAUAAUUUGAUUUAUUCCUCCCAUUUAGUGGAUAUUUUGAUAAUGAUAUAUUAAUAAUGAAAUAUUUAAGAUACAUAAUACAUAUUUGAUUCUAAAUCCUGAUAAAGUGACACUACGUUAGUAAUUUAGUCGGAGGGAUACUUGUGCCGUGAUUAUAUUUUUAGGUAUAUAUUAUGAAAUAAUUCCUAGCGUCGGAAUUAAAGAAGUGAUUAAUGUGUAAGCGUGUUAUAUUUAUUGUCGUAACGUAAGGAAUGCCAUAUCGAUAAAAGGUGAAUAUCGGAAGCGGAGUCAAACUCAGUAGGAACUCGUUCGUUUGUUUAUGUUGUUUGUUUGUUAUGCCGGUCCGGCUAGCGGCUACUAGCGGCUAGAGGCCACUGAACCAGGGAACAGUUCGCUUUUAUCAAUACGGCACUAUGACUCGUAAAUAUAUAACUUGUCAUUUUAUUUUUUGUUGAAAUUUAUCGUUUCAUGGAUUAUUUGUUGCCUAUAAUUUUUAUAAUCAAAAUUUUAUGAUCUGACGCAUUUAUUGUAAGACAAUCGAUUACUUUUAUAAUUAAUUAGUGUGAUAAUAAUAUGGUAUCAAAUUGCCGUUAUGAAAGAUUGAACAUCGAAAGUAUCCUUCCUGUUUAGAAGGGACUCUUCUGGCCCAAGGUUUCUAGUGGAUUUUAUAUUUUUCUUUUUGUUGUAUUUUUAAUGUUGCGUGUGUCUUACACAUAAUAUAUUUCAUUUUUGUGAUAUUUUUAACUAUAAAGUACUGUUAUUAUAAAUCCAAAUGGAAUAAUGAUGACCUAAUUAAAAUAUUCAAGAAUUUAUUUGUAAAUCACAAAAAAAAAUGUAAAACUGUAAAUAUAUUGACAAAAAAAUGAACUGCAACACAAUAAUUGAUUAAUUAUAUCUCUCAUCAAAUACUCUGUAAGUUCUUUGAGUACCUAAAUAAUGGUAACUUAUUAUGUAGUAGGUACCUACAGUCUACUUUAAAGUAAACCGGUCCAGUGAACAAAGUAAUGAUAAUAUUGUGAACAUUUUUUUAUUCACGAACAAUCACAGAAAGUACAUGACAUUGUAAUAUUAUUUAUGAAAUUACUAUGUGAUGUGAUCUUCGGAUCAAUUUUGAGUACAGUAUAGAUAAUAAACAACUGAAUAUGUGA